GAACGUGGACGUCUGUCCUCUUGCCCCCCCCCCCCAAGUCUCUUCUCUUUCUUCUAAAUUCCCGAGUGAUUUAUUUCCAAAGAUAGUUUAAAGGUUUUAAGAGAAAAAAAAAUGGAAGACGGUGUUUCAGAAGCUGAAAGCUUACUGCAUCCAGUAAACCUAGCAGCAGCAGAAGAUGGUGAAGAGAAAGAAAACGGAAACGGAAGUGGAGGAGAUGAAGGAAAAGAAAGUGGGUUCGUUAGCAAUCUCAUUUCUAACUUGGUUCCUUCACGAAGUGGGGAAGAAAAAGCAGAGGAAGAGCAAGAAGAAAAAAAGGAUGAAGAAGAUGGAAGUGGAGGAGAUGAAAGAAAAGAAAGUGGGUUCAUUAGCAAUCUUAUUUCUAACUUGGUUCUUUCACGAGAAAGUGAAGAAGAAAAAGCAGAGGAAGAGCAAGAAGAAAGGAAGGAUGAAGAAAAGGGAGGUGGGCUUUUAAGCAAUCUUAUCUCCAACUUGGUAUCUCCAGUAACUAGUCCAAAACCAAUAGAGAAUGGGGUUAAAGUUGAAGACUUUGAAGGCAAAGACGGCAUAAGAAAUGAAGAUGGCGGCACCAGAUCAGAGGCUGAAGUGGGUACCAGUGACGCUGGAGGAGGACCCGCUCACAGUUUCAUAAAUAAUUUCUUCCAUAAAAAAUGCGAAGGCAAGUUAGGAAAAAAUGAACAAGAGAUCCAGAAAAUAGAGACUGUUCAAAAGAAAAAUGAACCAGUCAAGAGUGAUAAAGAUGAAGGUGGAGGUGGAGGUGGCGGUCUCAUUAGUAACAUUAUUUCUCACUUGCCAGAAGAUGCAGCUCCAUCAACCGAUGAGGCCUCCAUUCUGAUUCACUCCAUUGUUCACGACUAAAAAAUAUCAUUUCUGUAAUUGUCUCCAGUUUUCGAUUAAUGGAUUAGGAAAGUGGAUGUGCAGGAGUACUGUAAACCUUUUUGUUCACCUAUUUUAUCAGGAGUUGAUUUGCAGAAUUUGUGAAUUUGGAUCGAUUAUAAGUGGUCCUUUGGCUUUGUUUUGGGUUAAAUAUCAGUGAAAACGAUGAUGUGGAAGCUUAAUCA